AUGGAAAAUAAUAUUGAAAUUCCAAGAAUUGGGUUACAAUUUGACAGUUAUUGCACUGCAUAUGCUUUUCUUAAAAAGUAUAUGGAUUUAAGCCAAGAAUUUUUUACUAUUAAAACAAGUAACCUCAUCCCGGUUACAGAACCAUACAGUCGUACUUUUGUAUAUACCAGAGUAGUAUUUGCUUGCAAACGAGGUGGGAAUAAUUAUCAACCAAAAGGUUUAGGUUUACGUGAAACAAGAUACUUGAGAAUCGUUGAAUGUGAUUUAGUCCAUACACAACAUGAACCAACAGGACCAUUGUAUAAGUUGUUUCCGGAAAAUAGACGAUUAUCACCAGAACAGCUUGCAGAAGUGCAUAAGUACAUGAUCUUACAUUGUGAAAAGAAAAGAUUGAGACACCAUAUUAUGACGAAUUACGGAAAAUUUUGCACCUUGAGGGAUUUGACAAAUAUUAAAGCCAAAAGAGCGGAUGUAUCCAUUUGUAAAGAAAAAAAUCAGUUUAAGGGUUUGUAUUUUUCUACGCCUGAUAUGAAAAAUUCUAUGAAUGCAUGGCCUGAAGUUGUGUUCAUUGACGGGACUUACACAUUACUGGACAAUAAUUUAACACUUACGAUUGUAGCUGUAGAAGAUUCUAAUGGCUUAACAAAUAUAGUAGCGAUUGGCUUAUUAGCAUGUGAAGACAUUCCAACUUUUGAUUGGUUUAUUAAAACAUUUAUUAAAAAUAAUCAGGAACCAUGCUCUCGAAUAAAAUCUUUUAUGGCAGAUAAAAGUAUAGUAGAAAGAACCGUAUUGAAAAAUAAUUUUAAAAACGUUCCUGUAUAUAUAUGCAUAUUUCACACACUGCAAGCUGUGAAAAGAGCAUUACAAAAAAAGAAUAUUUCAGUAGCUCAACAAACGAAAAUUUUUGAACUAUUUAAGAAUCUAGCCUACAGUUCGUCUCAAAAAACCUAUGACCAGCAGUAUGAAACUUUUUGCAAAGAAGUGCCGGCAGAAAUAUUAAAAUAUUUCAAAGAUCAUUGGUUUAAUUGUCAGGAAGAGUGGACAACAUUCAAUAUGAAGGAAGAGAAUUUCAACAAUAGUUCUAAUAAUCGUGUUGAAUCCUUAAAUCAAAAAGCUAAGCAAAUAGUCGAAAAAAGAAGUUCACCGACCGAUUUUAUAAAAUCUCUUUUCAUAUUUAUAACUUCUCUUAAUACCGAAAUUGAUUACAAAGCUGCCGAAAAUUUUCUCAAAAUUAAAACUAAAAAUUUAAAUGAUACUGACCUAACUAAUUAUCGUAGUGUAUUAACUGAAAAAGGAUUUAAUGAAUUGAAGAAAGACUGGAACAACUACACCAAAGUUCAAAUCUACACAAACUGCGAAAAUAAAUAUUUUUAUAAAGAAGAUGGAGUACAAAUUGAAGUUUCUGAAAAUUGUUGCCUCUGCAGAGAUUGGUCAUCUAUGCAUCUACCAUGCCGACAUAUAUUAGCUACUCGGAAAUUUUUAAAUUUGCUAUUGUUCAGUGAAGAGCUUUGUCAUGAGCGCUGGACUAAAAACUAUUACCGUAAAAAACAACGAACUUUUCAGAAAGAAAGUAUCUCCGCUUGUUCUAAUAUACCAUUAGUCACUGAAAUAAAAUCACCAGUUGAGACUGAAAAAGACCGGCUACACUUUGCAGAAAAUUGCAUGAGUGGAUUAGUUUCAAUAAAUUUGUGA